AAGCAACAGAUGAUGAUUGCCCUAGGCAAGCAAAGCUCCUGUUGUGCGCAACUCUGCCUCCCUCUCUGCGCCUUUGGGCUGGCAUUGCUGGGGGACGUGUGCGGGGCCGUCUCCCUGGACGAUCAGGAUUACUACCUGCAGGAGAUUAGCAACAGGGAUCAUUAUUAUUCCUUUCCGUAUCCCGGUGAAGAGUUUUUUCCUUCCACGGAGCAACCUGGAGGAGAAGGACCUAUCCGUGCUGCAGAGACAGAGGAGCACCCAGGGUUCAAACCGAACAGGAAAGAGUUAAAACCGAAGAAAAGCAACAAAAAAGGAAAAGUUAUUCUCGAAACUCCACCAGAUUGUCCUCCACUUGGUCUGGAGACAUUAAAAAUCACUGACUUCCAGCUCCACGCCUCUACAGCAAAGCGCUAUGGCCUGGGGGCGCACAGAGGAAGGCUGAACAUUCAGGCAGGUGUUAAUGAAAAUGACUUUUAUGAUGGUGCCUGGUGUGCUGGCAGAAACGACCCCUACCAGUGGAUCGAGGUGGAUGCUCGCAGGCUGACGAAGUUCACCGGCGUCAUCACGCAGGGAAGGAACUCCCUCUGGUCGAGUGACUGGGUAACCUCUUACAGAGUGCUGGUGAGCAAUGACAGUCAUGCAUGGACUGCUGUCAGGAAUGAAUCUGGAGACGUGAUUUUUGAAGGAAACAGCGAGAAGGAGAUCCCAGUGCUGAACACGCUGCCAGUGCCGUUGGUUGCGCGCUACAUCCGCAUCAACCCUCGCUCCUGGUUCGGGGAGGGCAGCAUCUGCAUGAGGCUGGAAGUCUUAGGCUGUCCUUUGCCAGACCCCAAUAAUUAUUACCACAGAAGGAAUGAAAUGACAACCACAGAUAAUCUGGAUUUCAAGCAUCACAACUACAAGGAAAUGAGGCAGUUGAUGAAAACUGUGAAUAGAAUGUGCCCAAAUAUCACAAGAAUUUACAAUAUUGGAAAAAGCAACCAAGGACUCAAGCUGUAUGCUGUGGAGAUUUCGGACAACCCAGGAGAACACGAAGUUGGUGAGCCAGAAUUCCGGUACACUGCUGGAGCUCACGGGAAUGAAGUGCUUGGCCGUGAGCUCAUCCUUUUGCUAAUGCAGUUUAUGUGCCAGGAGUACCUGGCUGGGAACCCACGCAUCAUGCAUCUCAUUGAGGACACCAGAAUCCACCUCCUGCCCUCGGCCAACCCCGACGGGUACAACAAGGCCUACCAAGCGGGUUCAGAACUGGGGGGCUGGUCUUUGGGACGAUGGACUCAGGAUGGGAUUGACAUCAACAAUAAUUUCCCUGAUUUAAACUCUUUGCUGUGGGAGUCAGAAGACCAGAAGAGUAAAAGAAAAGUUCCAAACCAUCAUAUCCCAAUCCCAGACUGGUACCUGUCCGAAAAUGCCACUGUGGCCGUCGAGACGCGGGCGCUCAUAGCCUGGAUGGAGAAGAUCCCCUUCGUGCUGGGGGGCAACCUGCAGGGAGGGGAGCUGGUGGUGGCCUACCCCUACGACAUGGCGCGGUCGCUGUGGAAGACACAGGACUACACAGCCACCCCUGACGACCACGUCUUCCGCUGGCUCGCCUACUCCUAUGCCUCCACGCACCGCCUGAUGACCGACGCCCGCAGGAGGGCCUGCCACACCGAGGACUUCCACAAGGAGGAUGGCACCAUCAACGGCGCCUCCUGGCACACCGUGGCUGGAAGCAUAAAUGACUUCAGCUACCUGCACACAAACUGCUUUGAGCUCUCCAUCUACGUGGGCUGUGACAAAUACCCCCACGAGAGUGAGCUGCCCGAGGAGUGGGAGAACAACCGCGAGUCCCUCAUUGUCUUCAUGGAGCAGGUCCAUCGGGGCAUCAAAGGCAUAGUGAGAGAUGUGCAUGGGAAGGGGAUCCCCAGUGCUGUUGUUUCAGUGGAAGGCGUUAACCACGACGUUCGCACAGGAGCCGACGGUGAUUACUGGCGCCUGCUCAACCCGGGUGAGUACGUGGUGGACGUGAAGGCUGAGGGCUACACCGCUGCCACCAAGACCUGCGAAGUUGGCUACGACAUGGGGGCUACCCAGUGUGACUUCACCAUCUCCAAGACCAACCUGGCGAGGAUCAAGGAGAUCAUGAGGAAGUUUGGGAAGCAGCCUCUCAGCCUGUCAGUGCGGCGGCUCCGGCAGAGGGCUUGGCAGUGGCGGCAGCGGCGAUAG